GCUUGAAGGUUUGUUGUGCAUCGGACAGAACCUUGCUGAUAAGACGGCCUCAGGAACAAUGACAGAGCUUCUCGCUCACUUUCUGCUGUUCUGGUCGUGCCAAGGUGUCGUUCUUUCUUCAUCGUCUUCUUCUCACCUUGCUUUUCCAGGAAGCGGGAUAAGCGGCGAAUGAAAUGGGCGAAUGGGAUCUCCUGGGCCGCCUGCUGGACAAAGUGCAGAGCCAUUCUACGGUGAUCGGAAAAGUCUGGCUGACGGUUCUGUUCGUCUUCCGCAUUCUGGUCCUGAGCACCGGCGCCGAGAAGGUGUGGGGCGAUGAGCAGGCCGACUUUGUUUGCAACACCAAGCAGCCCGGCUGUGAGAACGUCUGCUACGACUUCGCCUUUCCCAUUUCCCACGUGCGCUUUUGGGCCCUGCAGAUUAUUGCGGUGGCCACGCCCACGCUGCUGUACCUCGGCUACGUCCUCCACGUCAUCCACAUCGAGAAGAAGGUGAAGGAGAGGAUGAAGAAGCAGGCGGAGCUGGAUGAUCAAGCCAUGUUGUUCCUGAGACGCAGCUACAAAAUUCCCAAGUACACAAAGAGCAGCGGCAAGGUGAACAUCCGCGGCCGCCUCCUUCGCAGCUACAUCCUCCACCUGGUGGCCAAGAUAGGCCUGGAGGUCUUGUUCAUCGUGGGCCAGUACUUCUUGUAUGGCUUCACCCUGGACCCCCGCUACGUGUGCUCCCGCUCGCCAUGCCCCCACCAGGUGGACUGCUUCCUGUCCCGACCCACCGAGAAGUCUGUCAUCAUCUGGUUCAUGCUGGCGGCAGCGCUGCUGUCGCUGGCGCUCAGCGUUUUGGAGCUGCUCUACCUGUGCGGCAAGGCUGCCAAGGAGUGCAUGACCAGGAGGCGGGACUACACCGUCACGCCCGUCACGCCCCCUGCCUCGCACAGAAAAGCCUACACGCUCAAAGACGACGUCCAGAAUCGUGUCAACCUGGAGCUGGAGGGGUGCAAGUUUGGCGGAGUCAACGAGCUGGCUGGAAAAAUGUUGCCUGGCAACACGGAGGAGGUGCAUAUCUGAAAUCGUGUGUGUGUUUUUAGUGCUCCAUACUGUAUGACUUGUUCAUUUUUUAGCUGAAUGGAAUCAUUGUAAGCACCUUGCAAUCUUAUAUCAAUAAAGUGUCAUUCA